AUGCAUUACCAAACACUCUCUCUUGCAUUCCUGACCUUGGUGUCGACAGCUGCUUCAGCUAGUCUUCCUCGUGCCCAUUGGCACCACCAUAACGGUCAACCUAAACAGGCCGCUGCUGGCGAGAACACCGCGUAUUCAGAACAGGGCUCGAGUGGUGUUUCGGCCCCAGUGUCGCAGUCAGGCGGAGUCUCUGGAAAUGAUGAAGUGAAGGAUUCCCAGCAGGCUGCUUCGACGAGUAGCGACACAAGCACAGACGGAGGCGCUGAUCCGGCUGCUGCCCCAGUAGAGAAGGCUUCCGCAAGUGACAGCACAAGCACAGAUCACAGCUCAAACAACAUUGGCUCGUCCAACUCAGGAACCAAUAAUUCAACUGGCGCUGCGGGCGCUUCAGUCAGUAGCAGAAAGGGGGCGGGUCCUUGGUACUUCAAGGAAAUUGCGACAAUGACGAGCGACAUUCACGCUACCUGGGCCUACGAUUGCUCCGAUGAUCCACUGGAGAACUCCUUCAAAGGAACCGCCCCGGCUGGGGUUGACCUCGUAGCUAUGUUCGAUAGCACGUCGGAUUAUUCAUCCCUGGCCUCGAGCUCCUACAAAGAAGUCGUUGGCUGGAACGAGCCAGACGCCACAGCGGCACCCGUUGAUUCCGCAACUGCUGCUCAAGUCUGGCCCAAUAUAGUCAAGACGGUUGGGAAGCGUAUGGGUAGCCCGGCCCCUGCAAGUACGAGUCUCACGCAAGGAGACUGGUUCUAUGAUUUCAUGACCAGCGUCAUCAAAGCCGGCAGCCCGCCAGACUUCAUCUGCUUGCACUAUUAUUCCCCCAACGGUGACGUGUCCAAGUUCCAGAGCUAUAUCGAGGGCGUAUACAACAUGUACAAGCUCCCGAUUUGGGUCACCGAAUGGGCUUAUGUCGAUUACAGCAAGGAUCCGGCAACGGUUCCAAGCACUGCAGAACAGGUGGCUUACAUGCAGGCGGCGGUAAAGAUGAUGGACGAGUUGAGCUAUAUCGAACGCUUCGCUUGGUUCGCAGUGCCAUGUAUCAGCGUUCAGCCGGCGAGUAGUCUGUUCGAUGAGUUCGGGAGUAUUACGCCCACGGGGACUGCCUACGCAGCUCUUUGA